AGUGGUCAGAAAAGAAUAAGAGGAGGAUGUCAGUGAAGGGGAUUACACUUUGUGAGAACCAUGUAUAUUUGCCCCUACUGUUGAGAGAGGAUGAACAGCACUAUCAGGGCCUGUAGUUAAGCCUUCGUUUGGUUUCUUUUACUCCAUGAUGAUGCUCCUUGGCAGGCGCUGGGGAUGAGUGGUUUAAGGGACAGCAAAAACACAAUUGAAGGUCCUUCAUGUUUAUUUCUUAGAGGUAUGGACGUGCACAGAGACCAGCCCAUGUGUGGAUGGCUGACUGCCCCUCUGUGGUCAUAUUCAAGCUGCCUUGCUGUGAUGCUGAAAGGUGGCAUGGAGGUGUUGGCCCAGUGACACCUGCAACUUCUGUGUUCUGGACCAGUGGGACGAUAAGGGGAGAAAAUGCACCAAUGGACCGUGAGAAUGAGCAGCCCUGGAGCGCUGGCCAUAGUUAUUAUACUGUCCAUGAUAACCUGCUGGGCGUGGGGUGAGGAGAGAGCCUCGCUGGGUGUGGAAGCCGACCAUCUCUCUCCAGGCUCUGGCUCAGGCUCCACGCAUCGCCGCCUCCGACGAGGCUGGAUCUGGAAGCAGCUGUUCGUCCCUGAAGAAGACCCUACUCCUCGCGUCAUUGGGCAGCUUAAAUCUGACUAUGAUAGAGGGGAGUUCUCUAUCAAGUAUAUCCUGGCAGGUGAGGGAGCUGGGAAUGUGUUUGAGAUCGACGAGUUCUCCGGGGAGAUCCGGACACUGCAGAGGCUGGAUCGUGAGGAGAAGGCCUUCUAUGUCCUCCAGGCACAAGCUAUCAACAGGAGGACUGAGGAACCUGUUGAGCCCCAGUCAGAGUUCAUCAUCAAGGUCCAAGACAUCAACGACAAUGUCCCGCAGUUUCAGAACGAGCCCUACGUGUCCAGCAUCCCUGAGAUGUGCCCUGUUGGAACCACUGUUGCCCAGGUGACAGCAACAGAUGCAGAUGAUCCCCUGUUCGGAAACAACGCCAAACUCAUCUACUCCAUUCUACAGGGGGAGCCUUACUUCUCUGUGGAGCCUAAGACAGGCAUCAUCGUGACCUCAUGGGCCAACAUGGACCGGGAGGCCAGAGAGCUCUACCUAGUGGUGGUGCAGGUAAAAGACAUGCUGGGGCUCAGUGGGGGAUACUCCUCCUCCACCACUGUUACCGUCAGCCUGACCGAUGUCAAUGACAACGGACCCACCUUCCAGCACAACCAGUACACGUUCUCCGUGCCCGAGUCAGCGAUGGUGGGCACCACGGUGGGGAGGAUCAUGGCGGAGGAUGGAGACAUGGGGGUCAACGCCAGGAUGAACUACAGCCUGGAGGACCUGGAAGAGAGCGCAACCUUCAGGAUCCAGACAGACCCCGUCACACAGGAGGGGGUUGUUUUGCUGGCCAAGCCCCUGGACUACGAGACCAAGCGACGUUUUGUGAUGGCUGCUGAGGCAAUCAACAACAUUGUGGACACGCGUUUUCUAAGCUACAACGAAUUCCAGGACCGGACCACACUGAAGAUCGUGGUUGAGGAUGUGGAUGAGCCUCCCGUGUUCCUCACCCCCGUAUAUGAAUGGAAGGUUGUGGAGAACGUGGUGGUGGGGACAGUGGUUGGCUCUGUGACCGCCAGGGACAAUGAUGCUGUCAACAACCCUAUCAGAUAUUCGAUUGACAAAAGCGAUAUCAGGAAAGUUUUCAAAAUAGACCCCAACAAUGGAACUGUCACUGUGGCGAAACCUUUGGACCGCGAGUCAGCAGCCUGGCAUAAUAUGACUAUCACAGCCAAGGAAACAAAGCAAAACCAUUUAUCCUCCUGGGUGGCUGUGUUCAUCAAAGUGUUGGACACAAACGACAAUGCGCCACGGCUGGCCAGAGAAUACCAGCCAUAUAUCUGUGAGGGGACUCAAGCUGGCGAGCUCAUCCAGCUGCUCAGCGCUGUGGAUCCUGACGAGCCGUCCGAGGGACAUCACUUCUACUUCUCUAUGGUCCCAGAUAAGCACAUCAACCCCAACUUCACCAUCAGAGACAACCAAGACAACACAGCCAGUAUCCUGGCUCGUCGCAGCUCAUUUACCCGUAGGGAUCGUGUCCAGUACGAGCUGCCUGUGGUGGUGGCAGACAGUGGCUCCCCUGCUCUCUCCAGCACCAGCACCCUGACCAUCAUCGUGUGCAGCUGCCAGGCUGGGGGGCGCUGCCCCUCUGGAGGAGUGGAGGCCCUGGCGCUCUCCAUGGGGGUCAGCCUCCAGACCACCCUGGGCCUGCUGGUCUGCCUGGCGACACUCACAGCUUUGUCUGUGCUGCUGCUGGGAGUGAGGCGACACAGGCGCAAGCAGCAGCAGGCCCUGGAGGAGGGGGAGGAGGAGAAGGGCCUGGAACUGACUGAAAAGGUGCUACGCUACGGAGAACCAGGAAGAGGAGGCGGAAGAGGAGGAGGAGGGGAUAUGGCGUCCUGCCAGCCCGUCCCCCUCCGCCCCCACCCCCGGCGCCGGGACCGGAGGCUCCGCAGGGAGGAGGUGGCCGCCAGCAUCCGCAUGUCUCUCCGCCACUCCCAUCUGGUGGGGCCCGACGACGAGGUCUUCAGCCAGUUCAUCCUGGACAGGCUGGAGGAAGCCGACCAAGACCCCUACGCCCCACCGUUUGACUGUCUGAGGACCUACGCCUUUGAGGGGACCGGCUCUGCCACAGGCUCCCUCAGCUCCCUGGAGUCGUACGGCUCCGAGGCUAGCGCUGAGCGGCACGCAUGUCCCCGUGACCCCAGACCACACCUGGUCAGGCUCACCCCCUGGUUCGGGGCAGCUGAGGAGGAGACCACCUUCUGAGGCCUGGUAUGAUGAUGAGUGUUACAUACAGAUAGUAGGAGACACAAUAUGCAAAGUCAGUUACGAUAUAUACAUAUGUGCAUUGGUCUAAAUUUAAAUUAAUACAUAUAACCUUCCUGGACAUACACCUGCUAAUGUAUGACAAGGAGCAUUGGCCAUGGAUGUGUGGCUAAUUUCAGUGUUAUGACAAAAGUAUUUAAAUGCAUUGUUUUGAGUCACAUUCAAGCAAAUGUUCUAAUUAACACCCUUCAUGUUUGUUUGUGAUAUAUAAGCUGUGCUAUGCUGUGUUAAUUGAUCUCAUGUUAAUUCAUAUAAAGCUCUAGGUAACCUCUCACA